CAAGUAUAAUUAAGUAUACUCUAUAUCUCUUAAAGCUAACUUUUGUUAUAUUCUAUAUUUCAUAAAACUUGUCAUAGCUCGUUGAUCAUUAAUAAUUUUAAAAAUGUCAGACAGCACGAUAAAACUAAGAUCAUCCGAUGGAAAUAGUUUUACAACAUCCUUAAAAUGUGUUAAGAUGUGUGGAACAUUGAAGGAAAUGCUUCUAACAUUAGAAAGUGUUGACAUUGAUGAAAUUCCUCUCCAUAAUGUUGAUUCCAUUACUUUAGAGAAAGUAAUUCGAUGGCUAGAACAUCACAAAAAUGAAGCACAACCAACAAGUGAGGAAAUUAAGGAUAAAACAGCAGAUACGAUCGAUGAUUGGGAUGAAUUAUUUUUGGAAGUUGAACUGAAUCAGCUAUAUGACAUGAUCACAGCAGCAAACUAUCUCGAAAUUCCACAAUUAUUAUGGUUGACGACACGCAAAAUUGCAUAUAUGAUUAAAGGAAAGAGUCCUGAAGAGAUUCGAACGAUUUUUAAUAUCGAAAAUGACUGGACACCACAAGAGUUGGAAGCUGUCCAAAAAGAAAAUCAGUGGUGUGAGGAAAAGUAGAUUUUGGGUUUUAAUGAAUUAUUAUUUCUUGUUGUGGAUUAAAAUGGACUUAAUGUGGUAUUAUAGAUUCCUAAUAAAUAAAAAAUAA